AUGGCUCUCGAUGCUGCGAGCAAUGGGAAUUUCAACACCAGGUAUCCACAUCAGGCUUACCAACUUAUUGAGAACUUGGCAUCUAGCAAUAGUACCAAGAAUGCUGAUUUAGAGAGGAAGAAGCUAGGUGGAAACAUGGAUAGAAGUCAAAUUGCUGAGGUUAAGGCUAAGUUAGAUUCUGUGCAUGGCCUUCUUGUGGGAAAGAAAUCAGUUCAAUUUGCUGCUGAGGUUGAAAGUGUGGAUGAAGAAGAUGUUAAUUUCAUCAAUGGAGCUGGGUUUCAAGGACAGAGAUGGGCAAUCAACAAGGAUAUAAUUCCUCUUAUCAUAAGCCUUAUGGUUCUUCUUCUUACCAGAAACCUCCUGAACAAGACAAUGAGAUGA